AUGUCAAUGUGGGAACCGACUGAUAUCCAGAUUUCUUAUGACACAAUCCAAGGCCACAAUGCCGCGGGGAGCAGCACAUUGGCAGUACAUGGACACACGCACAAUCCAUUGUGUGUCACGCGCGGGUGUUUUGGCAAUCCCAAGCCAAAAAAGAAAAGAACUCGUCGUCCCACUCAUGGCGGUACUACUGGAGGCGGAGGUUGCGGCGGUGGCUGUGGCGGCGGAGGGUGUGGGUGCUGA